AUGAUCAAGUCUCGACGACCUGCGGGUGGAUCGCACGACUACAUCGAACUGCGCGCCGAGUAUACGGGCCGCGAGAACGAGCCGUUCGAAAUCCAGACGGUGUGCAUCGACCGUUUCGGCAAGGACGGCUACGCAGAACUCGAAGAUGCCGGCGUCACGGACAUCAAUCACCGUACCUGGGUUUUCGACGGAAUCGGCUUCGAUGCCCCGCUGGAGGCAAAGCAGGAUUCGAUGCGUAAGUUCGCCGAGCAGUACAUCAAC